AUGGCCCCUUCUGAGCGCCUGGUCCUGGUGCUGGGAGGAGCUGGGACCGUGGGCUCUGGGAUUGUGAAGUCACUCCUGGACAAGGGGUUCCAGGUUGCUGUCAUCUCCAGGGAUGCCACACGCCUGGAGAAACUGCGGAACUUCCUCCCAGCAGAAGCCCACAAUAGACUCUUCACUGUGGUCGGGGAUGUUGGCACUGAGGAUGGAGCGGAAGCAGCAAAGGCAGCUCUGCUGGGAGGAGGCAGGAAGGUCACGGACGUGGUAUCCUCUUUGGGCUUCAGCUGGUGGCAAGGGGGAGCACCCCAUACCCAGAGCCUGCAGGAGCUACAGUGGGUCCUGGAGACCUUGCUCCUGAGUACCUUCACUGCCUGGAAAGCCUUCUUUCCUCUGGUCUGGGAGAACCCUGAAGGCUCCUACACCUUUAUCACAGGCAGUGCAGGAGAUCGUCUGCUCAGGCCAGGCACAGGCUUCCUGACCCUGGGGGCCUCAGGGGCCCUGGCCUUCAGCAGGGUGGUCCGUGAGGAAUACCCUGAUGUACCCUGUAAGCUGAAUGAGGUGAAGAUCAAUAUGGGGGUUGCACUCCCUGAAGCUCUGGGUCCUGGCUUCGUCAGCCACCUGGAGGUGGGCCGGGCUGUGGCCUCCUUGGUGGAGAAGCUUGCUGUCUCACACACUGUGCUAUGUGUAAACUCCCCUGCUGACCUCCAGGUCUUGACCUCAGAUGGGAAACUAUGA